AUGGACGGGAAGGUUGCCCUGCGGCUCCUGGUGCUGCUCGCCUGUGCCGGACUCGGCGGUUCCGAGGAGAAAAGCCCCGCUGGGAACAGUUCACAUGAAUUUUCAGACCAAGAUUCUCUCCAGAGAAAUGGUCAGCGUUACCAUGGUCGUGUGAAGCCGAAGUUUAAUGUCAGUCAGGUGGGAAUUGCACAGGCUGUCAGCUACAACUGGAGCAGGGGAGGGCAGUGGGAAGGAGCAGCCUGGAGGUCGUUCUUCCCCCAGAGCCACUGCAGCCCCCUGAACGUCACCGUCAACGGCACCCCCUGCAUCCUGUUCUGGGCCAAGAAGAUCUUGAUCAGGCUGGAGAACCACACCCAGCUGGACCUGACAGAGAGGACGUUUGGUGUCCAUGCCACUGUGGAUGUUGGGGACUCCAGCUGCAGCGAGGACAGUGCCAUGCUUUCCCUGAAGUUUGGUGACAUUGGCAAUCUAAAGGGACUUGCUAUCAGGCUCCUGUUAGCCACCAGCUACUACCAGCUGUCUGUGCAGAGCUGGUUCAGCUUGCAGAGGCUGGAGCUGCUCUACAACCACUCAGUGCAGGCGACGUUCAACGCCUCGAGGAUCCAGGCACCCUCCACCUCCUCCUUCCACUGCCUGCACGUCAGCAGCCUGCAGAGAUACGAUGCCCUGCUGGUCCCCAGCUCUGCAAGCGACCUCUCCCACCUCUGGGAGGUCACUUUCAUCGACUUCCAGAUUCAAGGUUUUAACGUUCAAGAAGGACAUUUUGCCUACGCCAGAGACUGUGCAUCCUUCUUCUCCCCAGCAAUCCUGAUGGGGUUGGUGAUGUCCCUGGUCCUUCUGCUGGUCCUGGCCUAUGCUCUGCACAUGCUCAUCCACCUGAAAACUCUCGACAGGCACUAUGAAUGCAAAGCUUCUCCUGCCUAUUUUGCACAGAUGAAGGACAGUGACAUGGGGGAUGAGAAGGAGCCACUGAGAAACAGUGGGAAUGAGUCCUAUGAACUCAGGAACCAACAGUUUGGUAAAAUCUAUAUUUAG